UGGCGGUAACCCCGCCCAUCCCCUAUAAAACCUCCGUUCCCGCUCUUUUCCCCAGUUCCUUUUUUCCGCCGCGUUAGCUGCCAGUAGGAACUUCGCUCUGUCUGUUUUUUGGAAUCACUGGAAAAUUGACUCGGACCGUUUCACGACUUUGCUUCUGGAUCGCCCCUAAAACUGAUUAAAUUUGGCUUGGACCCUGGACUGUUUUGACUUCGCGACUUGUCUCCCCUUCGGCUUCUCCUGCCUCGCUCGUUGCCAAACCGGACCGUCUGACUGCCCUUCGGAUCAUGCCAUCGGUGCCUUUCAAAAAGUGCUCCGUGUGUGGGGGUAAGAUUCCCAGCCAGGAUCCCCAUUCAGCCUGCCUUUUCUGCUUAGGGGAGACCCACGUCCCGGCCUCUUGUGCCUUGUGCAAGUCCCUCACCCCCCAAGCGAGGAAAAACCGGGAGACCAGGCUAAAGGCCGCGAUCUAUACUAAGGUCUUUACCGCGGGGGCAAUGUCUUCUGUAGGAGCCUCGUCUUCUUCAGCGACCCCCCUACCCACUCUCGCGGAGGUCCCAACUCAGUCUCCGACAACUCGCGCCGUUGAAGCCCCAACUGAACCCCAGGACCAGUCUGGGGAGACUUCUCGGCCUCCGAGAAAGGACAAGAAAGACAAACACAAAAAGGCCUCUAAGGAGAGUCGGAUUGCCGACAGAGAUUCGAGCGCCCAGAAGGGUUCCGCCUCGAAAUCCUCUGCCCCGAGGACACCCACUUCCUCCACAUCGAAGUCGGGUUCCACUCCAAAACCGUCAACUACAAAAACAUCAUCUUCGGUGAGAGACAAAUCCCCGACACAGAGGGGAGCCUCUUCCUCAUCUAAGAGGCCCCGUUCUUCCUCUUUGGAUGCUGGUCAACAAUUGUCCAAGAGGCGCCGUUCUUUGGACCGCGACCGGGAGGGAUCUCCCCGAGUCGGCUCAGACAUUCUUCACAGACGCUCGGAUGUCGACCGCAGACCAUCGGAUGUCGACACCCGUCCGUCAGAUCCACGCCUAGGGGCCAAGGGAAGCUCGGCCCCCAAGACGCCUGAUACCGGUACUAGCCGCCAUGACCGCCCCCUCGAUCUGGCGUCAGGGUCUAGACCCCUGCCUACCUUUCGUCACACCUCAGAGGAUGCCACCCAACUCCUGUUGGAGCCCUCUUCGCCGGCUGGCUCUUGGGAGGAGCGCCGAUCUCCCACCCCAAUGCCCACUCGUACGCGCCGAGUGACCUCCCCCUCGCCAUCUAGGGAGCCAGAGCCCGAAUUCUAUUUCGACUCUGAGACGGGCAGAUACUACAGGCUGGUUCCUCAGGAGGAUGUCGACUCCUUUCUCAAGCAUCGAGACCAGAGACACAGACCGAGAGCCUCCUCUAGACCUUCCAGGGCGUCAGCGUUUUCACCCCGUCGGGGACGAACCAUCGUCGAGCCGGAGGUCGUCAAUCUUGAAUCAGAUGACGGCACACCUUCCCAGGCUCCUUACCGCCCAAGAGGAGACUCACUCUCAUCCAGGGACGACGACUACCAGUCGGUAAAUCAAGACUUUGCCCAGCCCGGUGCUGUUUCUCCCUCUGACGAUGUCCGUACCUUUACGGAGCAUGUCAUUAAGAUGACCAAUGCCCUUGACAUCAAAACUUCUCAGGCUGAAGAGGAAGCAUCGGACCCUAUUGAGAGACGGGUCCAUGGCAAGGUUCCUACUCCACCUGCGAUACCUCUCUUGCCUUCAUUGGAAAAAUUGGCCAGGCGUUCAUGGGAAGCACCGGCUUCAACAGCAUCCAAUAACAGGAAGGUGGAGUCCCUCUACAGGAUCGCACCAGCCAAUCCAUCCUGGCUGUUCAACCACCCCAAACAAAACUCGGCCAUCGUUGAGGGCUCUCAACGUUCUUCCACUCCAAAGGCCUCCUUGAUGCCCUCCGAUAAGGAAGCUAAGAAGAUCGAUGCCUUGGCCAAGAAGGCCUACUUCUCUUCGGCGCUGGGCAUGAGAGUGGCAAAUUAUAACGCCUGUAUGGGCGCUUAUAUACAGUGGCUCAUGGAGAAAGUCUCCCCCUUGAUUCCAGAUCUGCCCGACGACUCGCAAGUCAUCCUUUCGGAGGUCAGGGAUGAAGCCCACUCGAUUGGAGGUUGGCUCAUCACCUCUGCCAGACACAGCACGGACUGCUCAGCUAAAUCAAUGGCGGCUGCCAUUGCCCUCCGCAGACAUGCCUGGCUAAGGUCUUCUGACUUAAACCAGAACGCUCGCUCGACCAUCGAAGACAUGCCCUUUGACGAGGACGGCCUCUUCCAUCGCGAGACGGAUGAAAAACUCAAUUUUAAAUACAGGAUGAGGACCGCCGCAAGGAAACACGCAGGACCUGUGGUUUGCAACGGUCGACUUGAAGGACGCUUAUUUCCAUGUCAGCAUCCGGGAGUCCCACCGCAGAUUCCUGACAUUCGCCGUCGGAACGGACGCAUACAGAUACAACGUCCUGCCCUUCGGCCUAUCUACAGCUCCUCGCAUCUUCACCAAAUGCAUGGCACCGGUGAUAUCUUACCUCCACCGCCGCGGCAUGAGGGUCUUCCCCUACCUCGACGACUGGCUCUUCGUAGCCCCUUCACGUCGGGAACUGCUGACACACACCUCAGAGGCUCUCAAACUCUUACGGGACCUCGGACUGGUGGUCAACCUCGAAAAAUCCCAACUGCUCCCCACCAAACGAAUAAGAUUCAUCGGCUCCAUCCUCGACUCAAACAGUUGCACGGCCUACCUACCUCCAGAUCGCUUCCAGGCCCUAGUUCGAGCUGUCAGCCGGUGUACCGCCCAAAGGCGUGUUCCAGCAAGGGACAUCCAGGUGGCCUUGGGUCACAUGGCAUCGACGACUUUCGUCACUCCCUGGGCGAGACUUCGAUCCCGCCCGCUGCAGUCUUGGUUCCUGUCGGCGUUCGACCUCGAGAGAGACCCUCCAUCCCGCAGACUCACCGUCCCAAGGUCAGUCGCACGCUCCCUCCGUUGGUGGCUCGACUACCGGAACGUCUGCGUCGGUAUGCCCUUUUCGCUCCCCCAACCACAGCUGGUGCUGACCACAGACGCAUCAGAAGAAGGAUGGGGAGCGCACACCCUAGACUUGUGGGCCAAGGGCAUCUGGUCUCCGGACGAGAGGGCGCUCCACAUCAACGCGUUAGAACUGUUGGCGGUGGAAAAAGCCCUAAGAGCCUUCGAGUCCUCCUUGUCGGGAAAGGUCAUCCAACUCAGGACAGACAACACCACGGUGAUGUACUACCUGAACAAGCAGGGAGGCACAAGGUCACGCACCCUCCUCGACAUCACGCUCCGACUAUGGGACUGGUGCAUUGCCCGGGACGUUUUGCUUCAAGCGGUACACUUGCCGGGCACCCAGAACUCCCAUGCAGACCUGCUCAGCAGGUCCCCCUCGUCUUGUCACGAGUGGAGACUCCACCCGGACACUGUACACGAUCUCUUUGCUCGGUGGGGUACCCCACAAAUAGACCUGUUUGCAACCGUGUACAACUCCCAUUGUCCCCAGUUCUGCUCCCGGAUGCCGGACGACAACUCCCUCGGAGAUGCAUUCGGGUUCCAGUGGUCGGGGAUAGCGCUAUACGCCUUUCCCCCCUUCCCGCUAAUUACCAGGACGGUCUCCAAAAUGACUUUGGAUGCAGCCGACGCGAUCCUUGUCACGCCUUGGUGGCCGGGACAGCCGUGGUUCCCUUGCCUUCUCCACCUCUCUCGAGCCAAUUUUCUCCGACUCGAGCCCAGGCCGGAUCUCCUCACGGUUCAGGGAGGACGGGUUCGACACCCGGAUAUCGAGACCCUACCCCUGGUGGCAUGGAGGAUCCGUCCCUAGCUCGACUACCGACCUCGGUACGGAAUGUCAUCCGGGCUGCCCGAAAACCGGCCACCCAGAAAUCCUACAGACUAAAGUGGAACAGAUUUCUUCGGUUCCUCUCUGACAAACACCUUGACGUAUCUCAGGUAACUACACCGGUGGUCCUAGAAUUCCUGAUGUCCCUUAUCGAUGCGGGCCUUUGCCUUACAUCGGUCAAAUGCUACCUGUCUGCGAUCUGCUCGUCUUUUCAUUUCAACGGCAAGCCUUCUUUCUUCAAGGACCCCCUUGUCAAACAGUUUUUGAAGGGAUGCAAUAACUUAUACCCUCAAACAUCCCUACCGACUCCGGCUUGGAGCCUCGAGACGGUGUUGGGGGCUUUACAAUCGAAACCCUUCGAACCCUUAGCCACCACAGACAUUAGACUGUUGACCUGGAAAACUGUGUUUUUGGUGGCUAUCACGUCUGCCCGCCGUGCGGGCGAACUUUGUGCCUUGCGCCGAGACCAGCCUUUCCUUAGGUUCCACUUGGACAAGGUGGUCCUCAGGACAGAUAUUACUUUUUUACCUAAAGUUGUUUCUGCCUUCCAUAUGUGCCAGGACAUCGUUCUGCCUACCCUGGCUCCGAACCCGACCACCGAUGCCGAACGGGUCCUCCAUACCCUGGAUGUUCGUAGGGCCCUAGCCUUCUACCUGGACAGAACUAAGCACUCAAGCCGCUCUGAGAGACUGUUCCAGUGCUAUUCCACACCAAAGAAAGGACUGCCGGUGUCGGCUCAGAGACUCUCUAAGUGGGUUUCUAAGACUGUUGCUCUAUCCUAUGAACUCUUGGGUAAACCCUGCCCGGAUAGAGUUCGUUCCCAUGCCACAAGGGCGAUAGCAGCUUCUUCUGCCUUUCUGUCUGGCAUCCCUCUAGAGGACAUUUGCAAGGCUGCGGUGUGGUCCCAACCUUUAAGUUUUAUUAGACACUAUAGGUUGGAUACAAGAGCCAAAAGGGAUGCAGCUUUUGGGAGAGCUGUUUUGCUAUCAGGACUACACUAAAUAAGACACUGUGUUACCUGACACUCUAAACCUUUUUGCUCUCCAAGGACUCUUUGAUGAAUGUAUUAGAGGUCCUCGUUUGGACUGGUUUUCUGAGGUGGGAUUUUAUUCCAAGUUAUAAAAGAAACAAUUCCUCAUAUAUUGUUGUUCAGUUAUCUUUAUUUAUUAUUGAUAAUGAUGUUUCUCAGUUAUCAUGACACUCCCGCCUCCACUGACUUUAGCUUGCCAGUCUCAACCCAUUUGUAUGAUUCGCAGAGACCACGAAGAAGAAGGACAGGUUGCCUACCUGUAACUGUAUUUCUUCGAGUGGUCAUCUGCGAAUACAUACAAAUCCCGCCCAUCCUCCCCUCAGUGUCCUGCUCAUAUUGGCUCAUUCUGGUCGCCUUUGCGGCGGAAAAAGUGCGGAACUGGGGAAAAGAGCGGGAACGGAGGUUUUAUAGGGGAUGGGCGGGGUUACCGCCAAAAAGUUUCAACAUGUUGCAAAGUGUACUUUGCCUAGUGAUUCCAGAAGUUUCCGAAGGCACUGCGCAGGCGCAGUACAACCCAUUUGUAUGUAUUCGCAGAUGACCACUCGAAGAAAUACAGUUACAGGUAGGCAACCUGUCCAUA